AUGAUGCACUAUAGACCUACUAGUUUGGAAUCUUUGCCGAAGCAAUUUGUUUCAGCAAUGAGAACCCUUUUUGAUAUCAUGGAUGAUAAACAAACUGGUUAUGUUAAAUUAACAGAUAUUGAAAAUCGAUGGCGCGAUGACCGUACUAAGGGUCUUCCUAGAGGUGUUAUUGAAAGUCUACAGAAGGUAGCAUCUCAUGAUGGCUUACUAACAUUUGAAAGUUUUUGCACAGGUUUAAAAAUAUGCCUAUUACAAAAUCAUGCACAAAACGCAAAGGUUAACGCUAUCAAUGCGGAUGUUGACAAUUCUGUUAUUCGCAAUCAAAUAUCUCAGAUGAGCCGACCACCUUCGGCACCUUUAAUCGACAUAGAUAAUGAUAAUGACGGAGAUACGAACUGGAAUUUAAUGAGAGUUCCUACGAAUUCCAAUCAACGUAGAACAAACAGUAUGCCCCAAUUAAUAGAAGACAAAGAUUAUUUGAAUAAAGAAAAGGAUCCCAUACCAAAAUUGCUUCAAAAUGACAAAGAAAAAUCUGUUUCUAAGCCAAAUGCGUCUCAGGGUCUUAGUGUUUAUGGACCUCCGAAGCCUCCUCGAUUGGAAAAAAACGCGAGUGAUAGGAAAGAUGUUUCCAGAAUAGUUUACAAAACAGAUGAUAUUUUCUUAGAGAGUAAUAAUAUGGGCAAUAGUAAGUUGGACUUCCACGACUGUAUGUCUCAGUCAUUAUUAGACGGACAAGGUCGGGGUCUGGGUGAUGGUCGUUCAGCUAUUGGAACUCAGACAACUUUACGAAAAGCGUCACGGCGAAGGGAGCCGCGUCGCCACACUUUACACAACGGUGUUGAUUAUAAUCUUAUAAAAAGAAUGAAACAAAUUGAACAAGAAAAAGAUGUCUUAUUGCAAGGUCUCAGUGCAGUUGAAGAAGCUAGAGAGUGGUAUCUAAAACAACUAGCCGAAGUUCAAGACAAAAUGCGAUAUGCAGGCAGGAUGGGGGCUUACAUUGAACCUUGGAAUGAAGCCCACCAAGAACGAAUUGAACUGUUAAAGGCAAGAGUAUUGGAAUUAAACCGCCAGCUAGGUGCUUUAGCAGCAGGAUGGCGUCAUGGGCCUUUAUCCCUACACAUGAAUCUCGCCCUACCAACAACAAUGAACACAAUGACACCUGCACCAAAUAAUGCAAAUGUUCUACGAUCUCAAAAUAGGAUGCUAGCAGAGGAGGUCAAUCGCAAAAAUGAAAGAAUAACUGUUUUGGAGAGAGAAAAAUCAGCCUUAAUAAGAGAAUUAUUGCUUCAACGUAACAGAACAAAACUUAUGGAGAGUUUUUCAUAG